AUGCGUGUAUAUCUCCUCUGCAAUCUCUCUUUCGCGACACACUCCGGUCGUCUUCUCCCUGCCGUUCCAGCAAGCUCUGUCGCUCAGUUUCGGCCACCACCAAUUUUGGCAAACGCGACACCUACCUCCGACCAGCGUUCAAUUCUGGCGGCCUGCAUACUACUUCUGAUCGCGCGAUCUUCAGCAACACCUUCGUCCUUCCCUCCCGUACGCAUCAACGUCCAUCAUCAUCAUCAUCAUCAUCAUCUAGCUUCGUUUCUCUUUUCAAUUGAGCUUGUGGCGCUUUCUGAAUUUCUACACUCAUUGAUUUUGCUUUACGGAUUUGUAUUAUCUGUUUGGAUAGGGAAAACACCCAUAAUCAAGGUGAAGUCCCUCAAGAAGAACCAUGUGCAUUUACAUGAUUCAGACUCGGCGGAUGAUGAAGAUUGA